GGGGGGGGAUCCGUUCGCCCCUCUCUCUCUUUCUCUCGCCCGAGGGAACAGACGGACCGCACUCUCCUCUCCUCUCCGCUCCAGAAAAAAGAAAACACGAAUCCGUCGCAGCGACACCUCUGCCGAGUCCAGGACCGGACUGUUUUUUUAAAACAUUUUAUUUCCCCCCGACUGGACCCAGCGUGUGUGUGUUAGAGCGUGUGUUUGUGUGUGUGUGUGUGUAUGUGUGUGUGAGAGGGAGGGAGAGCGAGAGAGAGAGGGAUUGAAGAGAGGGAGAGCGCAGGAGAGAGAGGGAGAGAGCGACAGAGGGGAGAGGAUGUCUGUUUGCCUCUGAGUCGGCUCUCUUCUGCGAAGGGACUCCAGCGAAACAGAAAGGACCGGAGAGAGAACGGAAAGAAGGGGAAAACUUUUUUUUCCCUGAACGGAGGAAACUGUUGUGAUUUAUUUUUUCCGAGGAGGGCUAUCGAAAGGAUUUCAGCAAUGCCUGCAGAAGUGAAGCAGGAGCAGAGUCCCAGUAACCAGACCUCCCUGGCCAUGAUGCAGGAGCCGCAGGAGGUGGUGGAGGAGACCGUCACCAUCGAGGAGGACCCGGGCACGCCCACCUCCCACGUCUCCGUGGUAACCUCCGAUGACGGAACCACGCGCCGCACAGAAACCAAGGUGACCAAGAUGGUGAAGACGGUGACCACGCGGACGGUGCGGCAGGUCCCGCUGGGUCCCGACGGCCUGCCCCUGCCCGACGGCUCGUCCCCGAUGGGCAGCUACACCGACUCCAUCGACCGGCGCUACCUGAAGAACGGCGACCGCUACAUCACGCCCCAGGCCACCUCCACGCUGGGCCGCACCUUCAACAACAACUCCUACGCCGGCGACUCGUACGCCGACACGCCCGAGGGCCAGUACCGCCACUACGGGGGGCUGCACGACGGCUACGGCGACAUCGGCGACAACUACGGGAGCCUGUCCCGAGGCCUGGGCUACCGGCCCCGCUACCCCUACAUGGCCGCCAACAGCUACCGGCCCGAGAACAGCUACACGCUGCCCGCCAUCCGGAAGGACGACUACGGGCACGUGGCCCAGCCGCAGGUGGGCGUGGGGGUGGGCGGGGUGGACCUGAACCGCUCCCAGCCCGAGCGCUUCCAGCCCGAGCCCUACGGCCUGGAGGACGACCGCCGCAGCCUGGGGCCCGACGAGGAGGAGCCCUACGACCUGGAGCCCGACUACUCCACCGCCAACCGCCGGCUGCUGGCCGGGGCCGACCGGGGCAGGCCCCUGCGCGAGCCAAUCAGAGACGUCCCCCGCGUCAGGGGCGGCUACGAGGACCCCAUCGAGGCGGAGUUGAUCGACGAGCGGCACCCCUACAUCCACGGCAUGUACCCGGCGCCCCUGGCCCAGCCGGAGAGGGGCAGCAUGGCCAGCCUGGACCGCAUGGGGGGCGGCCGCCGCUCCCCCUCCAUCGACAGCAUCCGCAAGGACCCGCGCUGGCGCGACCCGGACCUGCCCGAGGUCAUCGCCAUGCUGGGCCACCCCAUCGACCCGGUCAAGUCCAACGCCGCCGCCUACCUGCAGCACCUGUGCUACGAGAACGACAAGAUGAAGAAGGACGUGCGGCAUCUGAAGGGCAUCCCCGUGCUGGUGGGCCUGCUCGAUCACCCCAAGGCCGAGGUGCACCGCAAGGCCUGCGGAGCCCUCCGGAACAUCUCCUACGGCAAGGACCACGACAACAAGGUGGCCAUCAAGAACUGCGACGGCAUCCCCGCCCUCAUCCGCCUCCUGAGGAAGACCAACGACAUGGAGGUGCGGGAGCUCAUCACAGGGACGCUGUGGAACCUCUCCUCCUACGAGCCUCUGAAGAUGGUGAUCAUUAACCACGGGCUGCAGACCCUGACUAACGAGGUGAUCAUCCCUCACUCGGGCUGGGAGAACGAGCCCAACGAGGACUCCAAGCCUCGCGACGCCGAGUGGACCACCGUCUUCAAGAACACGUCCGGCUGUCUGAGGAACGUGAGCUCUGAUGGGGCGGAGGCCCGGCGGAGGCUGAGGGAGUGUGAGGGCCUGGUCGACGCCCUGCUCCACGCCCUGCAGUCCGCUGUGGGGAAGAAGGACAUGGACAACAAGUCGGUGGAGAACUGUGUGUGCAUCAUGCGGAACCUGUCCUACCACGUGCACAAGGAGAUCCCGGGGGCGGAGCGUUUCCAGGACCCGGGGGCCAAUCAGACGCCCGGAUCCGCCGGGCCGCAGCGGAAGAAGAAGGACGACGCGGGCUGCUUCGGCGGGAAGAAGGCCAAAGAGGAGUGGUUUAACCAAGGCCGGAAAAACGGAGAGAACGACAAAAACUACGACACACUGGACCUACCCAAGCGCACGGAGCCCACGAAAGGCUUUGAGCUGCUGUACCAGCCAGAGGUGGUGCGGCUCUACCUGUCCCUGCUCACCGAGAGCCAGAACUACAACACUCUGGAGGCAGCGGCCGGGGCACUGCAGAACCUCAGCGCCGGGCAGUGGACCUGGUCGAACUACAUCCGGGCGACGGUGCGGAAGGAGAAGGGGCUCCCGAUCCUGGUGGAGCUGCUCCGCUCCGACUCCGACAAGGUGGUCCGAGCCGUGGCCAUCGCCCUGCGCAACCUGUCCAUCGACCGCCGGAACAAGGACCUGAUAGGGAGCUACGCCAUGAGGGACCUGGUGAGCAACCUGCCCAGCGGACAGCAGCGGCCAGCCAAGAACUUGGAGGAGGACACGGUGGUGGCCAUUUUGAACACCAUCCACGAGAUUGUGACGGACAGCUCGGAGAACGCCCGCUCGCUGGUGCAGGCGCAGGCCGUGGAGAAGCUGGUGGCCAUCAACCGGACGAGCCAAUCGCCACGGGAGACCAAGGCCGCCUCCCACGUCCUCCAGACGGUGUGGAGCUACAAGGAGCUGCGGAACGCCCUGGGGAAGGACGGCUGGAACAAAACACACUUCCAGCCCACAGCCACCGGCCUGGCUAAAGGAUCCAAGAACAGCAAGCCGGGCUACGACGACACCACUCUGCCCCUCAUGGAGAAGAACCAAGGCAACAAGAAGUCUGGCAGCGAUGAUAUGAUACCGAUGGAUGAGCUCAGUAGAGACGGCUACUGCACCAUCGACCAGAGAGACAAAGACUGCAAGUACAAAACCGGGGACGGGCCGGCCGACGUAACGGAGAGGGAGCCCUUAAAGAGUGACUCAAAUAGGAAACAGUAUAUCAUGAGUAACAGGCCAACAGUGAAUCUGGUGGAUGCUUGUGACGUAAAGCCACAGCCUGUUGACUCCUGGGUCUAAAUGCAUGCAUGGCUUAAAAUAAUAACAGCGCAACGUCAUCUCAACUAGACAAGGAUCUCAUAUUUCACCACUGCCAUUAGACAUGGACGCCAUUUUGUUGUUGACCUGUAAACAGACUAUAUAUGUAUAGUACUAUAUACUAUAUGUAUAUAUACAAAACAAAAAACUUCAUCAUCCAACAGCAAACAUUCAUGCUUUUCAGCGAAAAUGGAAUUAUAAAAAAAAAACAGAAGAAGAUUUAAAAAAAAAUACUACUUCCACGACUUUCUCAUAUCUACAUUCCCACUGGACUUAGUAAACCCUAACCCUGGACGGCACUGCAGUAUCCGGGCGGAUUUCGACGUAUGGCGUGAGGCGGUUGAUGAUUGGAGGAGAAUUAGAAGGUGCCGUGUUGGAAAAUGGCCACGUGGUCGAGAGAAAACGGGGGGA